AUGAUGAACUCACUCUAAAGUUACUAACUACAUUAUAUGAACCUAUCAUUACUAAAAACACCAAUAUUAUAGAAGUUGACUCUGUCGAAAAGAACUCAAACAAUAGCUUCAAUAAAGAAAAGAAUUCUGAGAUUUUCACUCUAGAAACUACUGCACAAAAAACUACUAUAAGCUUCGAUACUUCGAUCCUUAGUUUUAAAACACCUUCAAUACAAAUUAUUAAAUUUUUAGCUUUUGUUUCCUUAGAAAAAUUCUCUGAAUCUAACUUCUAA